CAUAGGUCGCGAGUAUUGAUAUUACAUAUAUAAGAUACAGGAAAUACUUAAAAUUUCUCCAGUGAGAACUAUCAGAUCGACUUGCAAACAUUGGUGAAUCUGAGUUGACGUUAGACAAAACGAUACGGCACUCUCUUUGAAUAUUAUUUAAAUUUUAAAAUUCGUUUUCUAUUUUUUCCUUCUAAUCACUAUGGAUAUCGUACAUAAAAAGUGUUCAUUUUUAAUUGCAUUUGGCUACUUCGUAGUAUUCAUACACUUUGCGAGUGUGACAGUACAAGCAAAUGUUUGUACGGUGCCUCCCCAACCAGCAAAUGGUUUUCGGCAAUUAUGUUGGAUGCAAUGUCCAUCGCAAGAAACCAAUGCAACGAUGCACGAUUGCGACGUGCAAGAUGGUACAAAAUUACCAGCUUUGACUCAUUUAAUUUAUACCUGUAAUUCUGGAUAUCAACUAAACAGUUCCAGUGAUGUAUUUUGUGACCAAGGUGGGAACUGGUCAGAUAUUCCAGUUUGUACUGAAUCGUCUGGUUUGCUUGGAACCAACGCAGUGUUGAGUCGUCGCAACGAUCGUGAAGCAGUUGCACAUUUUCAAUUCAAAGAAGUAAAUGAAGAUACAGAAUGCGGUGUUGUUUCUCUGAAAUACAAUCCUUUCAUUACGAACGGCAGUAUCUUUAAUGAAACCAUGAUUCCAUGGCACGCUACUUUAUAUUAUCAAGAAUUCCCAAACGGACCGAAGAAAUUUAUUUGCGGAGCAACAAUAGUAAAAAAGAAAUACCUUCUAGCCGCAGCGCAUUGCGUCUACGACGAUACGAUUCAAUCGAUAAACGACCCAAAUAAAUAUUAUAUUUUAACUGGAAACAUUUAUCGUGACUACGAUUCUUCCCUGCACGAUGAAAGAUUCGUUAAAAAGGCCAAAGUUAAAAACAUUUAUGUUCCUUCUGAUUAUAAGGGCUACGAAGGAAAUUAUGCUAAUGACAUAGCAAUAUUGGAAAUCGAAAUACCAUUUGUUUUGUCAUCUACGUUAACCCCUGCGUGUAUAAAUGGUGAUAUUUUUCAAUCUGGAAUAGGUCUCGUUUCAGGAUUUGGUAAAACACAUGAAGGAACGUCCAGUUCUAUUCUACAAUCUGUAUUAUUGCCCUAUGUUCCUCGUGAUCAAUGUAAAUCUCGAGAUAAUAGUUCUAACUCUUAUGAACUAAUAACUAAAGAUAAAUUUUGUGUUGGAUAUGCGAAUGGAACAGCUGUCUGCGAUGGUGACAGCGGAGGAGGAUUUGUAUCUUCAACUGGAAAUUUAGUUUUUCUACGAGGAAUCGUAAGUCUCUCUCUUGAUUUUAUAGUAUCGGGUGGUACAACGACUUGUGAUAGUUAUUCAUAUUCUCUUUUAACGCGUAUAUCCUCUCAUAUAAAUUGGAUCGAAAAUAUAAUUUCUUGAUUAGAAACAUCUUAACCAAUUCUCUCAUGUCUCAAUUCAACUACGACAAAUGCGACUCCUUCUAAUCCUGUUGAAUUAAUUCCAACUUCUACAAGCAUGCAAUUGAAAUUACUACAAAUAUGUGUAUUAGAAAUAUAAGAAUUACUUUUAUAA